AAUCCGAAUGCGUGCUUUCUAGAAAAUCACUUGGAACGUCGCCUGAAGAAGCAUUUGGUAAUUGGUGGGAGCUGAGUUUUUCUGUCAAAAGCAGUCAGAAGCGCUUUUGGCCGUUCCAGGAGCUUACAGCUGAUUGGGUUUUGUGUUGUAUGGGUUUUGAGGUAAAAACAAUCUUCUGGGAUUUUAGUGUGCUAAUAAAAGAUCAAAUCUUUCUGGGGUUUUGUACAAUUUCUAGGGUUAUGGCAAUGGAGAUUUUAAUCUCUGUGAUCCUACUGUUCGUGGGGAUUGUUGUUUUAGUAGUAAUUCAUGUUUGUAUUGUUGGGAGAGCAUUCAACAGAGCCAAUAAUCAAGGUGUUAAUCUGGUUCAAAGAAGCAGCAUUUUGGGGAUCAAAAGGAUGUCCAACGAGGAACUCAACAUGCUGCCUUGCUUCGACUACACGGCAGAAGAGAAAGGGACUGCUACUAGCCCUGGGGAUUGUGCAGUUUGCUUGGAAAGUUUCAAGGGAGGUGAAAAGUGCAGGUUGUUGCCAAAUUGCAAGCACAGCUUCCAUGCUCAAUGCAUAGAUUCAUGGCUGCUGAAGACUCCGGUUUGUCCGGUGUGUCGGACUUGUGCUAAAACUCCGAAGAUUGAUGUGAGUUUGGGAGGGGAAAGCAGCGUUUCGGGCGAUUAUCGAAUCGAAAUGACGUAGAAGGCAGGUUUUUUAUGUUUUGUUUUCAUUGUUAAUGGUGAUGUUUUUGUAAAAAGUUUCUUGCUUGCCUAUCCCUUUUCCUAAAGAACUCAAUGCUGGUUCUGCUUAACGUGAUUAUAUACCAAGUGAUUUAUAUU